GCAGAAGAGCAGGAGACCGGGAGCUGGAUUCGCGGCUGGCAGAGAAAUUGUUUUCCUCUUCUCCACGAUGUACAGAACCAAAGUGGGCCUGAAGGACCUCCAGCAGCUUUACAAGUUGAUCAUUAGCCAGCUGCUCUAUGAUGGCUUCCUCAGCAUUGCUAAUGGCCUCAUCAAUGAAAUCAAGCCUCAGUCUGUUUGUGCACCCUCAGAGCAGCUCCUGCAUCUCAUCAAACUAGGAAUGGAAAACGAUGAUACUGCAGUUCAGUAUGCAAUUGGUCGUUCAGAUACAGUUGCCCCAGGCACGGGCAUUGACCUGGAGUUUGACGCAGAUGUCCAGACCAUGUCCCCAGAGGCUUCAGAGUAUGAAACCUGCUAUGUCACAUCCCAUAAAGGACCAUGCCUAGUAGCUACCUAUAGUAGAGAUGGGCAGCUAAUAGCUACUGGGUCUGCUGACGCCUCCAUAAAGAUCCUCGACACAGAAAGAAUGUUGGCCAAAAAUGCCAUGCCAAUAGAGGUUAUGAUGAAUGAGACUGCACAACAGAAUAUGGAAAACCACCCCGUGAUCCGGACUCUUUAUGACCACGUGGACGAAGUCACAUGUCUUGCUUUCCACCCAACGGAACAGAUCCUUGCCUCUGGUUCAAGGGAUUACACCCUUAAGUUAUUUGAUUAUUCCAAACCCUCAGUAAAAAGAGCCUUCAAGUACAUUCAGGAAGCUGAAAUGUUACGCUCCAUCUCUUUCCACCCUUCCGGAGACUUUAUACUUGUGGGGACUCAGCAUCCUACUCUUCGGCUCUAUGAUAUCAACACAUUUCAAUGUUUUGUCUCUUGCAAUCCUCAAGAUCAACACACCGAUGCCAUAUGUUCUGUUAAUUACAACCCUAGUGCCCACAUGUACGUAACUGGUAGCAAGGACGGCUGCAUCAAGUUGUGGGAUGGCGUCUCGAAUCGGUGCAUCACAACUUUCGAGAAGGCACACGAUGGUGCUGAAGUUUGUUCUGCCAUCUUUUCCAAAAAUUCUAAAUACAUUCUUUCAAGUGGAAAAGACUCGAUAGCUAAACUUUGGGAAAUAUCAACAGGACGAACGCUGGUCAGAUUCACAGGUGCUGACUUGAGCGGGCGGCAGGUGCACCGGACACAGGCUGUCUUCAACCAUACAGAGGACUACGUGCUGCUGCCAGACGAGAGGACCAUCAGCCUGUGCUGCUGGGACUCACGCACAGCUGAGCGCCGAAACCUGCUGUCCCUGGGCCACAACAACAUCGUGCGCUGCAUCGUGCACUCGCCCACCAACCCCGGCUUCAUGACCUGCAGCGAUGACUUCAGGGCCAGGUUCUGGUACCGGAAGUCAACCACAGACUAGAACCCCCCCGCCUUAAAUAGGGUUCUUUUCUAGAGGACCCUGCCCCUCCCUCCCAUGUGUCCCAUCACCAGCCUCAGUAGAAAGUCGUGGUACCAUCUUUGGCAGUCGGGCUGCCACCUCUACAUCCCUCUUGGAUUUUGUACAAAAGGGUCCUUUUUUACCUUGAUGUGGAAUCAUGGUGGAAAAAGUGGGAAACGCAGACCCCGGCUCUGCACUCACUGAUUAUUACAGUGAUUUUCAUCCGUUUUGUAAAUACAGGACUUGCCAUUUCUCGGAACUUGAUCUUUUGAAGAAGGGUAGAGUAUUAAAGUGCUUUCCAGAUCUCGUGUGGAUCUGUCCUGA